AUGACUAAUGCUUCAUGUCCCUAUGAACUUACUAACGAAGAAACUGUCUAUAGCGGGCAAUGGCUCACAACGAGACAAGUUCAGUUCAAAGCAGCCAAUGGCGUAACUGGGGUCUGGCAGUCAUCUCAUAGAACAACUAAACGUGAAGGUGCUCUAGUUGACGGAGUUGAUAUAAUUGCCUUCCUAAUAAAAGAUAAUAAAAAGUUCAUAAUUCUGGUGAAGCAGUAUCGCAUCCCGAUGAAAGGAUGGUCUCUCGAAUUUCCAGCUGGCCUCAUUGACAAAGGUGAAACGGUUGAGGAAUGUGCUAUUAGAGAAUUGAAGGAGGAAACAGGCUACGUCAUAUCUUCUUCAGAUAUUAUACAUAAAAGCGGUGGAGUCCAAGGACUAGAUCCAGGGUUGACCGACGAUUCAAUACAAUUCGUAACUGUGAAUGUGAAUGGAGAUCUGGCCGAAAAUCAGAACCCUGUACAGAAACUGGACUCGGAAGAGGCCAUCGAUGUGAUUCUGGUUGAAACGAAAGACUUAUUGCGUUAUUUGGGAAGUAUCGAGAAAGAAAUUCAUGUAGAGGCCAUGGUAUAUUCAUUUGCCAUUGGAUGUCAUCUGUCAUGA